AUGCCUCCCGCCGGUGAAAUUUUCCGGUCGAACUUGUCGGAAUUGUUAGAGGAAUCUUCUUCCGGUGCUGAUGAAUUGCACGUCCUUGCUGUUGAUGAUAACCUUGUUGAUCGCAAGGUUAUUGAACGUUUGUUAAAGAUUUCUUCAUGCAAAGUUACUGUUGUGGAAAGUGCAAGACGAGCUCUUCAGUAUUUGGGAUUGGAUGGAGAGAAUACUGAUAUAGGUUUUGAUGGUGUGAAGGUUAAUCUGAUAAUGACAGAUUAUUCCAUGCCUGGGAUGACAGGAUAUGAACUACUCAAGAAAAUCAAGCAGGAGUCUUCUGUUUUUAGAGAGAUUCCGGUGGUGAUCAUGUCGUCCGAAAAUGUUUUGACUCGAAUUGAUAGUUGCCUUGAGGAAGGAGCCGAGGAUUUUCUAUUGAAGCCAGUCAAGUUGUCGGAUGUAAGACGCUUGAAAGAUUUUGUAAUGAGAGGUCAAGUGAAGGAUGGUGAGAAAAGUUCUUUAAAAAGAAGACGAUCAUCAGAAGAUUGUACUCCAUCUCUAUCGGCCACAUUCUCACCAAUGCGUCAUUCAUGCGAUCCACCAUCGUCAGUGUUCUCACCACUCUCACCAUCACCAUUAUCCUCCAAGAAAUCUAGAUUGUGA